AUGCCGCUAUGCAAGAAGAUGAGACCAUGGCAGUGGACAAAAUUAAUUCUAUUUCCAGAAAUUGUACUGACACGUACCGGAGAUAACGGAACGGCAAUCACGGAACCAGAGUUCCCUAAACAACACAAUGCAAUGAAUGACAUGGUAGCAGGGGUGAUUAUUAAAAUAAUCCAAAAUACUUUGUUGAUGAUUGCUAAUGUGGAGCCGCAAUGA